AUGAACACGGACGCCAACAAAGAACUGCUAAGACAGUAUGUUCAACGGGUCAGUCAGUACAUGAGAAAUGGAAAGACCAUUAUUUGCAUGGAUGAGACAAACCUUAACCUGUUUUGCCGUAGGAGUCAAGGGAGAGCACGUGUUGGUGAGCGAGCAGUUAUGACGCUCCCGACAUCAAAGGGACCAAACAUUCAUAUUAUCUGUGCAUUGUCAGCCUAUCAGAUGAUAUACAUGACCAGACGUCGUGGAGCGUUUAAAUCCGAUACUGCCAAGGCUUGGUUGCUAGAAAUGUUGGAAAAUCUCCCUCUUGGAAUUACAGUCGACUCAGUUGUCGUGGUUUGUGACAAUGCUCCUUGUCAUAGUCAGUUUGAAGAAUGUGUGAUUGAGCAGCCGGGCUUAACUAUCUGUCGUCUGGGGCCGUAUUCCCCAAUGUUGAAUCCUGUCGAGACUGUAUGGAGUAAAAUGAAAGCAGUGGUGAAACAGCGAAUGCGUGUUCCUCAAGUUCAGCGUCCAGGAGUGGGUGAGCAACGCCUUCAAUAUGUGGAAGCGUUAAUUGACGCAGCGAUGGAUCAGAUUACCGUACAGAAUAUCGCGAAUUCAUGCCAGCAUUCUCAAGGUUUUUUCCAGCGUGCGCUUAACCUGGAAGACAUGAAUGUGGGAGCAUAA